AUGGCAUCAAGUCGCCUCUUUUCCAUAUUCAACCGAAAAGCAACUAAGGGCAAAUUCGUCCCCGAAUUCAAUUAUUACUUGUUUAGCUUCGUCACAUGGAUUCCCGCCGUAAUCUUCUUCAAUGGAAAUGUUGGGGAAUUGUGUCGGAUCAAUGGCCCUUCGAUGUACCCUUACUUGAACACCACCUACGAUGAAGACCUUAAGAAAGAUUUGUGCUGGGUGAGCAAAUGGAAUCCGACUCGAACUUUAGAGAGAGGAAUGCUUGUCUCGUUUCAAAGCCCAAAUAAUCCCGAAAGGCUGGCCAUAAAGCGCGUCAUUGCCAUCGAGGGGGAUAUCGUGCACACGCGCGCGCCGUGCCCUCUACCAACGGUGCAAGUUCCUGUCAACCAUGUCUGGGUGGAAGGGGAUAAUCGUGACAGGUCGCGGGAUAGCAACACCUACGGGCCGCUUCCCAAAAGUCUGAUCCAAGGAAAACUUACCUACAUUUUGUGGCCGUGGAAGAGCUCGGGUCCGAUACAUUGGAGGCAAUUCAAAGGAAAGACGAGAGUGAUAAGAGGCCGAAGGCAGGACGCGCCAAAUUGGGAUUAG